GCAUUACGUCAUGGGAGGACCGGUGCACUUGCACUGAUCGCAGUGGAUCUGUCUUGGUGGAUUCUUAAGGUUUGCAGUGCUACACGAAGAGAAGCAUGCACUCACAGAGAGCAGCGUGCAGCCUUUUGUCUUCAGAUGGUCUGGUUUGGUUUCUCAUCUGUCAGUAAACCCGACAGAAAUAAAGUGAAUCGCACAGAGCAGGGUGAAAGGCGGGACUUCCUUCGGACAUAAACGGGUCCCGGCUGUUUAUCUCUGCGUACAGCUUGAAGAAGAGCCAGUGCAGGAUCAGAUAUCGAGGCUCUUAUUUCUGCACAAUGCUGCACCGCCUGCUGCGAGUAGGCUAUAGCCCUCUUCUCUGCGUUUGGGUCCUGCUGCUCCCUCUGGUUUCCCUGAACGAACAUGGCCAUGAGAACCAUAAUGUGAGAGACCGCCCCAAGCUGCUUCUCGUCUCCUUUGAUGGAUUUCGCUGGGAUUAUAUCGACCGGGUCCCGACGCCUAACUUCCACAAACUCAUUGAGGAAGGGGUGAACGUGGAUCAGGUGGAGAACGCGUACAUCACCAAGACCUUCCCUAAUCAUUACAGCUUGGUGACGGGGCUGUACGCUGAGACGCAUGGCAUCGUGGCCAAUGAGAUGUACGACCCUGCUUUAAACCGCUCCUUCUCCAUGGAGACGGACAGCAUUUAUGAAUCACAGUGGUGGGAGGAAGCCGUGCCUCUCUGGGUGACCAUCCAGAAAGCUGGAGGGCGGAGCGGGGCAGCAAUGUGGCCAGGGUCUGAUGUAAAGAUCCAUGGCAUAUUCCCAAACCAGUACCUCCAUUAUAACGCUUCAGUCUCCUUUGAAACCAGAGUGAAGCACAUCAUUGAGUGGUUUUCUGCGCCCAAAGGAGAAGCUGUGGAUUUUGGGGUUCUGUACUGGGAGGAGCCGGAUGAGAGCGGGCACAAACUGGGACCGCAGAGUCCCCAAAUGGAUGUUGUCAUCUACGGGAUCGAUCAGAAGCUUGGAUUCCUCAUAGACGAGCUGACGAGGGCAGGGCUGUAUGAGAAAAUGAAUCUGAUAGUCACCAGUGAUCACGGGAUGGCGCAGCUUUCCCCUGAUAACAUCAUAGAGCUGGAUCAGUAUGUGAGCAGAGACCUGUACACCUGGGUGGAUAAGAGUCCAGUGGUGGGAAUACUGCCCAAAGAAGGAAAGCUUGAGGAAGUUUAUGGAAAGCUUGAGGAUGCAAACCCGAACAUGGUUGUGUUCAAGAAGGAAAACAUUCCCCAGCACUUCCACUAUCAGCACAACAUCAGGAUCAUGCCCAUCAUCAUCGAGGCCAAAGAAGGCUGGACCGUGGUGCAGAACAGGAGCAGCCCCUUCAUGAUGGGAAACCAUGGCUAUGACAACACUUUACGCAGCAUGCAGCCAGUGUUUGUCGCCCGUGGGCCAGCCUUUCGCCAGAACUACAUCAAGACCUCCAUGCGCUCCGUCGACCUUUACCCUCUCAUGUGCCAGAUCCUGUCCAUCAAGCCUCUCCCAAACAAUGGCUCCCUCUUAAACGUUAUAGACCUGCUCUCCCCAGACACGACUCCAUCCACGCCCAGCACCCCUCCCAGGGUCACCGGGCACUCCUAUGCCCCCGUCGUUGGUUCUCUCCUGGGUGUGGUGAUGGUGCUGGGCUUUCUGGUGGUCUACAUUAGACAAGUGACGCUCAAACAGCUGCCCUCGCUCAAACACAGACGCAGGGAGAUGUCUCAGCCCUUACUGCAAGAGGACUUGCACCUGUAGCUGAAGAGGAAGAAUGGAAGACAUAAAAGAAGAGGAGAUAUUGCUCCCCAAGGUAGUCUGCUCUGCACAGAAGCAUCCCCCGAACGCUUCCCUUAUAACGACUUAAUGCCAGUGUGAUUCUCUUUUUAUUAGACGGAGAUCAAGGGAAUUUAAUCUAACCUCCUAAUCAUGUAUAGAGGUGAGGUAAACCCUGUUUGCUUGUUUGUAAGGGAAAUGUCAAGGGUUUGCUUCUGGUGCAGGCUUAAUCAAGAUAAUAAACCUUUACAUGGGCUUUAUAGUGGCUUUGCUUUGAUUGUCAAUUCUGCCUACUAUCAUCUCGUCAUCUUCAUUGUCAUUUAAGAGUUUAAAAUAAGAGUGGAAUUUCAACCUGUGAAUCCAGGUCGGAAGCAUCAUCAGCCAACACCAUGAUAAGGUAUCAUAAAGGUGUCAGUACGCUUUGACAGGGGGAGAGAAACAGUACAAGUUGAAAUGUGAUAAAUGCAAACACUUUAAGACAAUCGUUACUUGAUGGCAUUCAUAGUGUUGCACUUGUUAUAUUAAGGAAACAGAAUUAGCUUGAGUAAGAAGCUCAGACUUUGCUUACUUUUCUCCCGUCUAAACAUCUGACCUGUAGCUGAGCUGAGUGUACAAGAUGUCAAAUAGUCCACUUUGAAAGGUUACAUACAUUUUCAGACUAAGCCCAAGGGUGGGCUAGGUGACACAACAGUUGGUAGAGGACUGAUUGACUCUUGAUAGAGGAUUUCAGUGCAGUGUGGGUAGACUACAAUGAUAGAUUUUGGACAUUUUUACUCAAUAUGCAGUUUUUUUGCUUGAAUGUAAUGUACACACUGGUGUACAAAUGUGUCCCUCACUCCAAAGCAUUGUUUUAGCUGCUGAGACCCAAACACUUUGUCUCCUUAACAAUGGACAGAAAACAAGCAGAAAGAGGGUCACCAAAAAAAAAACUGUGUAAGUGAAUCCAGUGACGGUAACGUUAUGCUAAGUAUAAGAUCAGAAGUGACAGAUCACCUAGCAGCCCCCUCACCAGACAUGCUGUGCCCAGUACAAAAGUGAGGUUUGGAGAUUGUUUAUUUUAUCCCCAAUUCUGUAUUAGAAUGUUUUAUGGAUUUGGUCUAUUUGUCUUAGAGAGUAGGUAACCUCUGCAGUGUCUUAGCUCACGUCAAAAACCCUGAACUGUGAAAAAAAGAACACUGAAAGAAUCCUAAUGUACAAACUUACAAAGACCUGAGCUACGUUAACUAGUGAAACUUUUGGUUUCUUUAGGCUCCCUUCAUUCCAACUAUACUCCUCAUCUGGCAGAAAUAUCAAAAUAUUGUGACAAAUUGGGCGGGAAUCCCAGAGUGACUCAAAGUUUGAUAUGAUUCGAUAUCAUACCAUGCCACACUUGAUGCAUUACCGAUGAUAUCGGUUACAUCACGAUUCAGUCAUUCUGAGAUAACUGAUUCAAUUGCAAGACAAUCACAUAUUGAUACAUCAUGAUAUCUGAUUGACUUUGAAAUUAAGAAACUCUUCUUAAAGGUAGACUACAGGAUAAAGAUCAUUAGCGCUACUUUAAGAAGUCAUAAAGUCCAAAUGGAAGGUAUAUUUGAUUGGAGUGCUGUAUUACUUAUAAUUAGAAUAUUGAUACAACAAUUGUAUCCCCCAGAUCAGGACUGAUGCCUAGUCCUCCCUACCAACAUAUAUUGUUAUUAGUAAUUCUAGAAAACCUAUCAUGAUAAUAUUUGUGCCAUAUUGCCCAGCUCUACCCAAUUCCCACCACCAACAUCAGUUUAGUAUAAAUAGAAGAGGUCUCAGAUGCCAUUAUCCAUUUAAAAAGCAGUUCUUUUGAAGCAUACUGACACCUUUAUUACCCGACAGUAAAUGGGCAUUUUCAAAUCUAUGCAAAGAGAUUUGUAUGUCAUAAGGUACAGAAGGAAAAGGCCUUGCCAGGUUUUUGACACUAAUUGUUCUACUUGUAGUCUGAGCACUGAAUCAGCUGCUCCUUUGAAAUAAACUGUGAUGAAUCAGAAAAGUAUUCAAUAACCAAACAGUUCCAGGAGGUCAGCAGGAGUCAGCACUAAUUUUGAAUAUUAUACUUGGAAGCAAAUGUUACUCCAGAGUCUCACUCCAUGUGCCAGACUACUGCUCAUACAUGUAGGUCAUUCCAUGAUUGCUCUUUAAUAGUCAGUAACCAUUUGCCUUUGAAAUAACAGAGACAUCUCUCUAAUGUGUGCAGUCGUUUGUGUGUCAGUCUGUUUUUUUGUAGCAUUUGUGUCUGGAGGACAUUUUUCUGUAUAGAUGACCGUGUACUGCCCUCCUGUUCAAACAUGGACUGUCAUAACCAUGGCCAUUUGUUGUUGAAGUGUGAAGUGCAAUUGCUAUUGGUCAGUAUUUCGUCUUAGGGAUUUUUAAGGGUUUUGUUGUUGCUCGGUUGAGAAGACUAUUUUGGCAUGACUUGCGAGAACUGUUCCCCUGAUUUGCACUAUAGGAUAGAAAUGAAACAGAAGGAAGGGGCAGUCGUUCGAUGCUUUGUAGGUCAUGUUUAAUUUGCACUUGUUGUUUGUAGUAGCUAUUUGAAACAUUAAAAAAAAGUGAGGUGUCUCUUGCCAAAAAGCUUUUUAACAAGUGUAGUAAUAGAAAGUCAAGUAGAAUCCAAAUCUUCAAUUAAGAACUCUAAUAUUUUUUCAGCAUCAUUUGAGAAGCAAUUGGUUCUAUUUCUGUCUUCUGCUUUUAGAUGCACUGACUAAUACCUGUGGCCCAAAAAUGACAGACAUCACUGUGAUAUAUAGUUUUUACUAAAUUUUAAAUUCAUAAAUUGAAAGAAUUUAUAUGGAAAUUGUUAAUUUUCUGAUAAUUGUUGUUUUAUGAAAGAGGUGUCUGAUAAUUUUCCCCUGAAUUUUUGAAAGAUUAAAGAAAUAUAUCAAGAAUAUAUUUAAAUAAUUAUGUGGAAAUUAUUUGAAAGAAUGGAUAUUAGAUCAGGUUUAUCUCAGUGGAUUAUUAACUGGAUUAGAAUUAUGGAUAUUUAAUAUGAUUAACAAAUUAACUAUCUUUGCCAUGUUGAUGCAAUUAAAGAGUCUUCUGAAACUAAA